UUAUUCUUCUUUGUCAUUUUCAAUAAUUUUAACCUAUUGUCUUUAACUUAAUAUUUCAGACCUUUAAUUUGUCAGUUAUGAAGCCUGAGAAAACGUUCGGCCUUGUACCUAAACUUUGAAUUUGAAGGCUAGUAAUGGAUUUGGAAACUCACUAUAUUAUAUUAUUACAUAAAUCAAAACCAAAUAAAACGAAAAAAACACCGUUAAAAGCUAAACAUGAGAUAUGUAAUCGCCAUUUAUUCCUCCACAAUAAAUAUUGCAUAAACCCCUUCCUAAAUUAUGCAAAAUAAUCCGACAUAAUAAAAGAAAAACAUUUUUUGUUAUUGUUCUAAAACGGAAAAAGAAUAAUUUCCAACUUUUUUGAUAUGCAAUGAAAAAGUCGAAUAUUUUAUUUCUAUAAUUGUUGAUUGACCUAAAAUGGUCACCUAUGUGCGUAGCAUAGAAUAGAAGUAUUGAGUGUCAAUCAAAUACAACAUGAAAGCGUGGUGAAUUAAAAGUUUGAACACUUUCAAGCGCACACAUCUCUGUGCUUGUGCAACAACAGAUGACCGACAAACAACAAAACAAAGAAUGAAUUGCAAAAAAAUCAUUUAGCGUAGCGCAACAACAAAUCAACGAAACUGUAAACAAAAUGGAUGUAGAAAACAGAAAAACGAACUGUGGACGAAUAUAAUCAACUGCAAACGGAAUCAAGAAAAUUAUUUGCGAUUCGCAAGCGAAACAGACUAGUUGCUUUUUAUACAUUAUUUUGUAAUUUAUAAAAAGUGUUCAAUAUUGUAGUGGAAAGAAUUAUUUAAAGUAAAUAUUUUAAUAUUGCAAAGUUUCGUAGACGGCGAGCGUAAGGCCGAAAACAAUUGCCAUAAAUACCAGUAGUACUGUGCUCUCAACAAUUGACCAACUGGGUAAAGAGAAUUAACAAACGUAAAAGGAUUUAACACAAGAUGCGCGCAGUAUUCAUUUUUGUGGCGUUGUUCGCCUAUGCUAGUGCGGUUUCGUUCAGCGAUCUUGUGAAAGAAGAAUGGUUUGCAUAUAAAAUGGAACACAAGAAGCGUUACUCGAACGAAGUUGAAGAGCGUUUCCGUUUGAAAAUUUUCAAUGAGAACAGAUUGAAGAUUGCCAAGCACAAUCAAUUAUACGCAACGGGCAAAGCGUCAUUUAAAAUGGCAAUCAACAAAUAUACCGACAUGUUACAUAGUGAAUUCCGUGAAACAAUGAAUGGCUACAACAACACGCUAAGAAAGCAACUGCGUAGUAACAGAAAAUUCACCGGCGUCACUUUCAUUGCACCAGCUCAUGUUACUGUACCGACAUCUGUGGAUUGGCGUUCGCAUGGUGCUGUUACCGAUAUCAAGGAUCAAGGUCACUGCGGCUCCUGCUGGGCUUUCUCCUCAACUGGCGCACUUGAAGGUCAGCAUUUCCGCAAAACCAAUACACUAGUCUCGCUGUCCGAACAGAAUUUGGUCGAUUGCUCUACCAAAUAUAACAACAAUGGUUGCAAUGGUGGUUUGAUGGAUAAUGCUUUCCGUUAUAUUAAGGAUAAUGGUGGCUUAGAUACGGAGAAAUCCUAUCCAUAUGAGGGUAUUGAUGAUUCCUGUCACUACAAUCCAUCCACCGUUGGUGCCACCGAUCGCGGUUUUGUCGACAUUCCAGCCGGCGAUGAGGAGAAAAUGAAGCAAGCUGUUGCCACAAUUGGUCCAGUUUCCGUAGCUAUCGAUGCAUCACAUGAAUCAUUCCAAUUUUACUCCGAAGGUAUUUACGAUGAGCCACUUUGUGAUGCCGAGCAAUUGGAUCACGGUGUAUUGGUAGUUGGCUAUGGCACUGAUCCCAGUGGUCAAGACUACUGGCUGGUAAAGAACUCGUGGGGCACCACUUGGGGUGACAAAGGUUAUAUUAAGAUGGCGCGCAACAAGGAAAAUCAAUGCGGUAUUGCCUCGGCCUCGAGCUACCCACUUGUUUAGGUUGUAAGUUUUUAAACAUCACAGGAAUAAAAGUUGCAAGCAACUACAUAAAAAUUAAAAUAUGUGAAUUAAUAUGUUUUAUAAACCACAGUGAAUUUUUUACUUCUAUAUGAAGCGUAUAUGAUUUUUUGUUUGUAUUAUUUCUACGUUAUAAGUUGUGGUAUUGUUUAUUUUAAUUUUUUUCUUUUACUUUUGUCGAUGCGUGAAUUAAAAAACAAAAACAUAUGCAAAGAGAAAUACCAAAGGUUACAUUAAUGUGUAACUUUUAUGUAAUAAAACAUAUACCACCUUCUCAUCGCCAUCAAUAUAUUAAUGCAUAAUUAGCAUACGAAAUUUGUAAAAAUAUUAUAUAAAUAAAUAAAAAAUCUUAAAAAAUUAAA